AUGAAAGCUAAUACAAAUGCGACAAAGGAUGCUGAUUCCUUUUCUUUAUGGUCUCAAUGGUUCUCUUGUUUCAUUCCCACAACAUUGGCUGGUGCAAUAUUGUUUCUAAUCGCCACCACAAUUGUACUUUCUCUCAUUCCUGUAUAUCUUUCAACUAGAGCUGUACCAGCAAGAGAUAUUUACAGUUCGGUAAUAGGCUUGAAAUACGGCAUUCCAAGAACUCUUAUCUCAGAUCUCAGUGAAAACACAAUGGAACUACAGUUAGGAAGUAUGAAGAAUGAUCGAGUCAAAAUUCUUGAAGCUAUUCUUCAAAAGAAAUUUCUAACGAGUCAAAAAUUUCAGACUCUUCGUGUCAAUCUCAACCAGGCAAGUGUUCAAUCAACGAGUAUCAGUGGCAAUAGCCAAAUAGUGUCUAACAAACAAUUAUUCCGUGCUCGUCGUCUUGCUAGUGGAGAGAAUAUCAUCAUCUAUCAAGGACGCGAGAAUUCUACUACACUCGAUCAAUUACAGAUAUCGUUUCAAUUAGUACGUCGAGGAACUUUGACAAAGAGUUUGACAUCGAGCGCUCUGAUAAACAUAUUUGACCGGAUUGAGUUCAAUACUACAACAUUUCUUUCACUGUUCGGUACUGAAUUAGAAGCCACGGAAUUAUUAUCACUCGCAAUUAACUAUCACGUGAAGGACAAUCAGAUUAUCAAACUUAACGGUGUUAACAUUUUCGGUGAAAAAGAUUAUACUGGAAAUGUUCAAAGUAUAUAUGCCAUUCAAACAGACAACGUUAUUUACACAAUACUAGAUCGGAAAAUCAUUCGAAUACAAUCCAUGAUUGAAGCCCUGGUCUUUGAUUACGAUAAUCUCGUAAACCAAUACAAAGCGGUAUUUAUAUCACAGGAUAGUUCAUAUGUAAUCCCAACUGUUUACGAAACGCCCAAUAUAACAUUUACAACAUCAUUAUUCGAUUUUCCAAUGAAUGAAACGGUCCCAGAUAUUUUUACUGGUGUUCUCGUAGAAUUGAGCAAUAGGGUCAGCGGACGAUGGAUCACCGAUGCUACUCUUGUGAUGAACUAUUUCGAUACGGAAGAUGGCAAUAAAAGUGUGGUUAUGUUGACUAUGGGUGAUGGACGAUAUUAUGCACCUAUCCCGACUAACGACGAAUUAUUCGACAAAUAUUUUGAUCCAAAGAAGUUGUUUACAACGACAGCUCUUCAAAGUGGCUCGUGUUUACAAUUAUUUUUAGCUUAUCCAAUUGCUGAUAUCUGCUCACAAGUCCCAGAUACUGGUAAAUCAUUUUGCACGCAAAUUGUUCAAGAAAUGACCACGGUUAUUCCACAUGUUUUACGUGUAAUAUCACAACGAACGUCAUCAUAUCAAUGGCAUGCUCGAGUAUUUGGUCAACCAAGCAAUUUUGUGGCUGAUAUUUUUCUUCCAGGUCAAGAAUUCGUAAGCAUUCCUUUGAAUACAAAUAAUCGAAUCAAUACUGUAUCGAAUGCUCGAAUAACUCGAAAUACUGAUAGUGCUAAUGCAGAUAAUCCAAAUCCCAAAACGCUCAAUAAAUUUGCUGCUCAAGCAGGUGGUAGUCGAGGGCAGUGUAACGAGCAAACCAUAUCUGGAAGUAACACGCCUGAUAAUAGAAUAAUUGAUAUUGGUAAAUCAAGGACGACUGUGAAGAUUUCCUACCAAACGUACACGGUUAAAGAUCAGAUCGAUGUUUAUUACAAGAAUCAACUAAUCUUUUCAACUGGUUGUAUUGGCACCAAUGGAGAUACUACUCUGUCUCUAAAUGAUAAUCAAAGUACAUUGAAAGUCCACGUGAUUCCUAAUUGUGCUGGUGAUACACAAACUCAAUGGUAUUACUCAAUUCAAUGUCCGAAGGAAUUAAUAUGUGAAGAUAAUAUCUGCUAUUGUGGAUUGAAUCGUGAAAAACCUCAGCAAAUCGUACUACCUGCACACAACGGCUGUGGAGGAGAUGGUGGUGGAGUUUUAAACACAUUUAUUGAUGCAGGAGGUGGAACAUGGGGAUUUAGAAAUGCCUGUAAUACCCACGAUGAAUGCUAUGACACAUGCGGUAUACGCAAAAGCAAGUGCGAUGAUGAUUUUUUUCAAAAUAUGCGGAAGGUUUGCGAUACAUAUUAUAACUUCUUUUUCCCUCAAAAAUAUAUGGAUUGUGUAAAAUGGGCGUCUGGAUAUUAUUCAGCGGUAAAUAAGCGUGGUACACAAUUCUUUCUUUCAGCUCAAAAGAGCAAAUGCACGUGCACUGCCAAUUGA